CUCACUGUACCGGUCUCUCUCGCAGUUUCACUCUACAACUAAAGAAAGAAGAAAAACAAUUUUCAGGAAAAACAAAAGAAAUCGAAAUCCUAGAUUUUGGAAAAUGGCAAUGGCAGGGCGAUUAAGAUCGGGUCUUCCAUUCCUCCGCCGAGUCCUUGUCUCCGACACUAUCUCUGCCGUCACUGCCCAAAGAUCCGCCGCACCGAAGCCCCUCCUCCGGCCUCUCAUCAACACUGAGUUAUCGAGGGACUUUGGCACUGCCUUUGCUUCAACAGAGCAAAAAUUUAAGGUUCCCCUAACAAUGUUUGGUGUGUCUGGAAACUAUGCUUCGGCUUUGUACAUUGCAGCAGUUAAAGCUAAUGUGUUGAACAAGGUUGAAUCCGAGCUUCUUGGCCUCAUCGAGUCCUCAAAGAAAAGUCCUACAUUUUCUCAGUUCAUGAAGGAUUUAUCAAUAACUGCUGAUGUCAGAGUGAAGGCCGUAGAUGAAAUUAGUACUCAAGCUAAAUUUUCUGAUAUCACGAAGAACUUCUUGGCUGUUGUUGCUGAAUCUGGAAGGCUGUCACAUUUAGAGCGUAUAGCGCAGAGAUUUACUGAGCUGACCAUGGCACACAAGGGAGAAGUUAAAGUCAUUGUAACAUCCGUGAUUCCUCUACCUCAAGAAGAGGAGAAAGAACUAGAAGAAACAUUGCAGGUUAUGAUUGGUCAGGGGAAGAAGGUUAAGGUUGAAGAGAAGAUUGAUCCCAGUAUUCUUGGUGGGCUUGUGGUGGAAUUCGGACAAAAAGUUUUCGACAUGUCCAUAAAGACUAGGGCACGCCAGAUGGAGCGAUUCCUGCAGGAACCUGUCAACUUGGACAGCUAAAUGGUUACUCGUGGCCCCCUUUUUCUUGUUAUUUCUGAUCAAAUUGUCGUAAAUGGACAAAAUCAAGCAUGUUUAUUUGGAUAAAUAACAAAGGGCUGCUUGGUUUCCCCGGUUUCUUUUUCACAAUAUUUUUUAGCUGCAUUCAAAUAAAAGCUACCUGUUUUUCUUUUUCAUUUUUGCUUGUCAAACCCGGACGAGGUCAGGCAUCAUUGCACAGCGAUUACAUUGGUUGCUCUGUAUUAUGAAAUUGUAUGUUUUUCUACAUUUUCUAACUCAAGCUUGUGGUUA